UGCGCUGUCUUCUUGUCAUAAACGAAGGCGCGUUUCAUCGUUUUUGCAGGCUUUGCUCGCUUUGCUUCAUCAGUCGUGUUUGUCGGGAAACGUUGUGGAUCGUUUUGCGUAUCAUAUUUUUAACCAGCAUCACAAAGCCGGAAGUUUGAAACCAGUUUUAAUUUUGAAAAUUAACGUACCGCGAUGCCACCUAGAAAAAACAAAAGACAUCAGCCUAAAGGGCCUUACUAUUUCUUCAUGAUGGAGUUCAAGAAGAAGCAGGAAGCCGAUGGACAUGUCUUCCGAGGAGGUGCCCACGAGGUUCAGCUGAAAGCAUCACCAUUCUGGAAUGCAUUAUCAGAGGAUGAUAAGGAACCUUACAAGAAAAUGGCUCGCGAACACAGAGAGUGGCUCCGUGAGAAUGGCGAAAAGUAUACCUCGCAAGGUGUUCCGCUAUCAAUGGUGGAAGCGGAACAAAAAGCAAAACAAGAAAAAUCGACAACGAUUCGUAAUACGAUAACUACUAUGCUAGAAACGGCUGUCGCAAACAAUGCACUUGAAAAACAAGAAUUUUAUUUUAUCUCGUUUGCUUACUUUUGCGUUACAUCCGGAGGGACAUAUAUUCCGGCAGAAAUGGGAUUGGUUCGCUAUAGUCUUAAGGAUGGCGUUAUGGAUAAAUUACAUAUGCUGAUCAAUCCGGGAAAACUCCCGCUAGGUAUGGCUUACGAUGCUAAAAUACAUUCAGAGCAAGACCAUCAGCUCAAGAUUCCUCCGGAUGCGGAGGGCGAAACGGAUAAUGAUGAAAUUAUUUUAAAGUUGUUCAGUUUCCUGUCUCAACAGGAGAAAAUGCCUCCACUGUUUACUGACUCGAACGACAUUCGAAUGGUGGAGAACAUCCUAAAAGGAAUACUAAAUCAGGGAGCAAUGGAUGAAAAUACUCUGCUUGUUUGCCCAUUGUCGGAGUUAUUUUACCAUUUGAAGCUAGCAACCGAAAGUUUCGGCUUGGAUAUCAAGACAUUCCCUUCGGUACAUAUUGCUCAGGCUAUUAUCCAAAAAGAUGUGUACGAGUACACGAAAGAUAUUGCUUGCGAGCGUCAUGAAGAGAUGGGCAACGGUAAAUAUUGCCCCCUAUCGAAGUGCGUCCGUUGGGCAUUUAUCAUCUCCGACAGUUGCUGCCUAGAUCUGAGCAUCGAAAUGAAACCUGGUCGCCAUUUGCCCAAGAACGCUGACACGGCACUUUGCUCGACCACUCUGGGAGAUACCAGUUCGUUUAUUAGUGCUCAGUUUGAUAAUUGCUCUUUUGUGUCCUCGUCGGAAGUCACGCACCUGACCAACCCGAAGUUGCAGAAACUGAGCAAAGGGCACUAUGAUUCGUUGGAUUCCCAUGGUCGGAAAAUACCGAAGGCGGGUUCGUCCUCUUCCUCAGGAUACUAUGAACAUGAUCGGAGAGUUAAGAUUAAAGAUGAGUAUCCAGCGCUCAGUGACUCCAUGAAGUAUGAAACAACUAGUAGCUACUCUAGCAGUAGCCGCCGGGACGACAAGAACCCAUGGGGACGCUCGUCCACAUCCUCGUCGUACGACCGAUACGAUCGCGACCGAGGCAGUAGCCGACACGAUCGUGACCGAGAGAAAGACCGGGAGCGGGAGCGCGACCGCGAACGCGAACGUGAGCGUGAACGAGAUUAUGAACGCGAACGGGAUCGUUAUCGCGAUUCCAGCGAUCGUCGCCGCGAUUCUGACGAGCGUCGCCGCGGUUCCAGCGAGCGUCGUCGUGGUUCCGAGGAUCGUCGUCGCGAUUCCAUGGAUCGCUAUCGCAGCGAAAGCAGCCGCAGCAGCGCUGAUCGUUCUUACCGUGUCAAGCGCGAGCGAACCUCUUCGGAAUCCGAUUCCGAUGACUUGGGUUCACGAUCAUCGCGAUCGCUUGACCCGCACCGGGCUGUCGGAGGAUACGGUCGAGGUUCACUGUAUGCGGCCGCAGCUGCUGUGUCUCGCUCUCCGCCGAGUAGCAUUAAAGGAUUUUCCGCUAGUGAUUUCCCCGAGCUGGGAGCGGUUCGCAGUGCUGGACGUGGUCAGCUUAGUAAGUAAGCGAUAAAGUAUGAAACAUUUGACAACCGGUUUUAUCCGGGCCGCCAGUCAUUCACGACUGCUAGAUAUACCUAUUGCAUGCAUGUUUUUGAUUCUCCAACCGGACGAAUCAACUCGUGACUUUAUAUGGCAAGUUCUAAUUGUAUAUUAAGUUUUCAAAGUUUUUAAUUUGUCUGCCGGUUUUUCGUUUUUGUGCCGUUUUUUUUUCUAAAAGUUUUGUUUUAUGAAUCAUUGUAUAACAUUUUAACGAGUUAACAAUCCACAAUUGGUAAUAUUGUGACCACCAAUUUUUGAAGAAGGAUUAUCAAUUUCUGCCAUUAGGUGUCAUUCUACGAAAUACAUAUACAUAUUUUUUUUAUAUCUGCCAAUCAUUAAGCUUCACGUUGAAAUGAAUUCCUACUAGAUCCAACAUCGUAAAUUGAUAAAAUUUGAAAGAUAUUCUACUACUAUGAAAAAAAAAUACGUCUUUUCAACGGUGACAAACCUCACUGGUUGUAUGUCAAACAAAUAUAAUUGUAAUAAUAAUAGAAAGUAGAAACUAGCUUUAGAAGGAACAGAAAAGAAAUGUGGAAAGAAAAGUUUUGAUACUAGAAGUCGAAAGUGCAUUGAAUAAAAAGUGUUCGACUUGCUCGUGAAGCAGAUUUAUUCUGAUAACACAAUAAAGCGGCGUACGCCUUCAAGAAUGAGCGAAAA